UCAAGUAUGCAUACGUCCCUUGAAAUCCAUGAUAGCCUUCAACCCGCAUGUUGCAUGAUUUCACUCGCAUGUGUACCGUCCUUUUGAUCGCGCCAGACCACCCGUAUGCCUAGACCCAUAGCCUACUAGCAUUAGUGGUCCCAUCUCGAACAGCGGAGACUCAUCUGCCAUACUCAAUUACCUGCAAUGAAAGCAGCGCAAUUCUUCGGAACCCGCGACAUUCGCGUCGUCGACGUCGCUCCACCAACCCCCAAAGAAGACGAAGCUCUUGUAGCCAUUGAAUGGUGCGGAAUAUGCGGCUCGGACCUUCACGAGUAUCUCGCAGGUGAGUCCCUCCCUCGAUAAAGAUACCCACUCACACACUUAGGUCCCUCUAGCGUCCCAAAAAAGGAUGCUCCGCAUCCCUUAUCCGAAGAACACCUUCCCAUGACCAUGGGCCACGAAUUUUGUGGACGCGUCAUCAGCGCACCGCCUGCUUCGGGACUCUCGAAAGGCCAAGCUGUCAUGGUAGAUCCGCGGUUCUACUGCGGUAAGUGCUCGCGCUGCACCGCAUCACAUACGCAUGGUUGCAAAACCUUGGGCCUGAAAGGCUUCCACGGCGGAGGCGGUGGGUUUUCCGACAUGGUAGCCGUGGAGACCAAACACUGCUAUCCUCUUCCCGACUCUGUCGAUCUAAGUCUCGCGGCACUGAUUGAGCCGCUGGCCGUAGCGUGGCAUGCUGUGGAGCUCUGCGAAAUCAAGGAUUGGAGUUCAAAGGCUGUAUUGAUCUUGGGCGGCGGCCCCAUCGGCAUCGCGCAUUCUUCUGUUCUGCGUGCACUCGGCUGCAAGAGUAUCUUCAUCUCGGAACCCACAUCCACUCGAGCUGCUCAGAACAGGGAAGUCGCGGAUCAUGUUAUUAAUCCUAUCUCUGAGCAUGUGGCUGAACGGUGUCGCGAGCUUACGUCUGGGGAAGGUGUUGAUGUAGUUUUUGAUUGUGCGGGCGUGCAGAAGGGUAUGGAUGCUGCUUUCGAUGCACUAGUGUUUCAAGGAGUGUACAUGAACGUUGCGAUGUGGGGUGCUCCCAUGGUCGUACCAGUUAUGACAUUGCUACACAAGGAGAUUGCAUUGAAGGCUAGUGUCAUAUAUACUGAUCGCUCUUUCAGGGAGACAGUUGAUGCCUUUGCCGCAGGGGGAUUCAAAGGCCUUGGAGGAAUGGUCACUUCUCGUAUACACAUCGACGAUAUCAUCGAGAAAGGCUUCGAAGAGCUGAUCAAUAACAAAGAUCAUCACAUCAAGAUCAUGGUAACCCCAAAGAACGAGUGUUUAGGGCAAUAGAUUGGAAU